AUGACAUCCACCAAUGAAACUUCUGCACCCAUCCUCCAAGCGGCAUCGACGGUCCAAAUAGACGAAGGUCAAAAGACAGCAACUUUCAUGGUCACUCUUGAAGUAUUGAAUCCCACCAAUGCUCUUCAUGACUAUGUGGAAGAAAUCAGGGCGGAUCUUGAUGCCUCAAUCCAUGUGUUUGAAACUUCGCUUCCUUAUUUCAAGACGGGCAAUAAGCUUACCUUUGCCGGUCUCACCAAGACGCGUCAAGAUUGGAACGACAUUGUCGAAGUCGAUGCACGUAUGACUGCAAAUAAUUGGACGCAGAAGAUAGAGUAUGUCACUUGCGCUUCGUACAGAGACGAAGAAGCUGUCGACCUGCUAUCCGAAGCUAUUCAUGUCGAAGAUCCCGCAAACUUCAGCCGAUCCUUUUCCAAAACGUACAUGAUCGAGAAGUUCCCUUUUGCUGAGAAUGUCGAUCCGUCCCAAGCGGAAACUGCUCGACUUCGGUUGGCAUACCUUCAGACGAGAAGUGAGUGGUUACACCCUGCGAGGUGA